AUGGUCUUCUUCCCCCCAUUAGAAGGCAAGCUCCAGGAGGCAGACAUCUUGGUCACUGAUGUUUCCCAGACUGGCCUUAUUGUUGCCUGCUACCACGGCUUCCUGGAUACUGUGGUAGCCUUAGCAGAGUGCCCCCACAUUGACGUCAACUGGCAGGACCUCGAGGGGAACACGGCCCUCAUCGUGGCUGCACAGGCAGGACACGCCAUCAUCACCAACUACUUGUUGAACUAUUUCCCUGGCCUUGACCUGGAGAGGAGGAAUGUGUUCGGGUUCACAGCGCUGAUGAAAGCCUCCAUGCAGGGCCGAACCGAGUGCAUCCGAGCCCUGAUGCUGGCAGGGGCCGAUGUCCACGCACGAGACCCCCGCCGCAGGCUGUCGUCGCAGGAGUGGGCCGCCUACACGGGACGCGCAGAGGCGGUCCGCCUCAUCCAGAGGCUGCUGGAACGCCCCUGCCCUGAGCAGUUUUCGGAAAAGUACAAGCCAGAGUUGCCGCUGGCCCCGGAGGCCGUUCUGAAGCCCUCGGGCUCCAAAAACUGCUUGCAGAGGCUCACCGAGUUCCUGCGGUCCGCUAUGACCUCCCGCUCAAGCCAGGGCCCGGAGGAUGGGGGCGCCCUGGAUCACAUGGUGAAGAUGACCACAAGCCUCUAUAGCCCGGCGGUGGCAGUCGUCUGUCAGACCGUGUGCCCCGAGAAUCCCCCCUGCGUGGGGAAAAGGCGGCUGGCGGUGCAGGAAAUCUGGGGGGCUCAGGGCGACCGGGACGCCCAUGCGCAGUGCAGGGACAAGGCGGAGGGCCCUGAGCGGCAAUAUCAGACCUCCCAGGCCGGAAGAGUGUCCAGCGAGGCGUCCCCGAGAGCCAGCCUGCCGCCGCCCCCCCUGCCGAGUGCCCAGGUGGCCGCUGCCUCGCGGAGGACCAGCCUCCUGCCCCUGCAGCUGCUGAGGCGGAGCAGCGUGCGGCCGGGCGUGGUCAUCCCCAGGGUCCGCGUCAGCAAGGCGCCGGCACCCACCUUCCAGCCCGAGCGGGCGGCGGCCAAGAGCAGCACCAAGGACAGCACCCACCUGCAGAUCCCCAAGUGGCGCUACAAGGAGGCCAAGGAGGAGAAGAGGAGGGCGGAGGAGGCAGAGAGGAAGCGCACGGCGGAGGCGCAGAAGGAGCGGCGAACAUCUCCGUGGAGGAAAAGGACGUGAGGCGGGUCAGCACGAGGAAAGUGUGGCCGGACGCAGGGCCCCAGCCGGGAUGCGUGGGGGACACUGCCCGGACACCACGGAGGAGGAGGCCGUCAGAGCCUGCAGUCUGCACCGAGAAGGGGAGCCUUCCUCCUGUUUCGGCCCCCAACUCUGCCCUCGGCCUCCUGUUCACAGUCUCCUUCCUUCCUUCCCAGGGACCCCCAAAGCGGCCCUUGCUGGUUUGUUCCAGCCGCACCCCAGAGUGAAUUGGGAUUCACACUAAUUGAUUUGCCUAAAACCAGUUCACCUAGUCGUCAACACACCAGUGGCCGAUUUGCCUAAAAGUCUACCUUCUUUAGAAGCUCAAUUCAGAAUUUCUUUAGGCCAACUUGUCAAAGGGCGUUUUCUGUAUAAUUUUGUAUUUUUAAUGAUUAUUUAUCAAAUUUGCAGCACUUUAGGGGCGAUGGGGCUCUUUGUAGAGAAGGCAAGUUGAAUACGUGUGUCUGAAGAACCUUUGUUGAAAAUGCUAUUUCUAGCAAUAAAUAUUUAUAAUAUCAGA